GUGACGUCACGUAAACUGCUUAGCCGGGCGACGCGAGAUUUCGUAAAGCGUAUAGGCGCAAACCUCGUGUACGGCGCCGUUUGAUUGGUCCAAGCUCUUCACGUGACGGUGCCAGUCGGGGAUCCCAUUGGUUAUAUUUUUUAAGCGUGAUUUGUGUUGACUACAAAGUGUAAAGUAUCCAACGUGGGAUUUACGCUGAGAUUUUCGAUAUCAAGAGGGAUGAACUGUGGCCGAUCGAGCCGUGCUGCGGAGCACAGGACUCGCGCGAAGAACGAUUAGAUCGAGCGGUGGGGUCUUAACGUAAGACAACCGUCCGCCCGCGUAGAGCGGCAGGGACAAUGCUGCAGGUUACGAACUAUAGCCUGGUGCUGACCGUGCAGUUCCUUCUGAUCAUUUACGACCUGGUGGUGAAUUCCUUCUCGGAGUUGCUCUACAAAGAGAAAGUCAUUCAGCUCGUCCUCUUCAUUAUUCAGGAUGUUGGAAUCCUCUUUAACGUCAUCAUCAUCUUCCUGAUGUUCUUCAACACGUUCGUGUUUCAAGCCGGGCUCGUGAGCGUGCUCAUACACAAGUUCAAGGCCACCAUCCUCGCGUCGGCCCUGUACUUAACCCUCAGCAUUGCCUUCCACGUCUGGGUGAUGCAUGUGCGUUGGCCUACAUCAAGUGUUUUCCAGUGGACUGAUGGACUGCUAGCACUCUUCGUCUUUCAAAGACUUGCAGCGGUAUUUUAUUACUACUUUUACAAGCGGACAGCACUCAGACUGGGCGAUCCCCGGCUCUACGAGGAUUCCCUCUGGCUCCGCAAGGCCUUCUCAAGGACCAACUAAAGCCACCCCACCGUCACUGAACACAUUCUUCCCACCAUGAAAAAGAACAAAAGCUCGCAUGGCGUUUUUUCAUUAACAGUUGCGAGCCGACAGAUUUUGAAUAACUUUUCAAAAGGUAUGUGGAGACAUUUUUAUAAAGUGUAAUUAUAUUCUCAAAUGUAGGCUUUUUAAAAAAUCACGUUGAUUUAUGUUCCAGGGUUAUUGGUCAUGGAUUUUAAGUGUAAUUGACAUCUGAACUGUUGGUAAUACGAUUCUGUAUUUAAACACUAAUUUUCCAUUUCAACCACUAAAUGUAUUUUCUUUAACAUUUUUGGAAGUUACAUAGUGUAUAGUGUCAAUAAUUUAAUGUUAUAAGUGCUAGUUAAUUUUUUUACAUAUUUGCCAAAUAUCCUUAAUUUUUGUAUUUUGCAUAUUGCUGAAUAAAUGUGAUUUGUAUUAUUCUAUUGAUCAGAUCGUGAAGGUUAUUUGAUGACUUCAUGCUGUCUGCUGUGGUGAGGCCUGCACCCAGUAGUGGAUUGAUAAAACGGCUGCACAUUGUAUUCAUUUGAUGCAAACGGUUUCAGAGAUGCCGUAAGUGAUUUAUUGAUGUUGUUGUACAUAAAUUCCAGAUGGCUUACAAAGGCAGACUUGUGCACGGUGUACACCAUGAUAUUGUGAACAGAAAAGUGCCAUUUUUUUCUGUCCAGUGACAGUUGCACUUAGCAAAAUAUGUGCGUGGGCAACAUGUUGCUCUCAUUUAUAAAAGGUCACUGCAUAUUGACAAUACUUAUCAAUACAGGAAACAAAUGUGACCUAUUCUUGCUUUACACCACUGGACUUCAAAUCGAUGUCCAACACUUACAUAAGAAAUAUUGAAAUCAAAUUAACGUUCUUAAAUGCUGCUCUACCAAUGCACACCGGUCGGCCUUCCGGACCAAUAUUUUGCACAGCGAGCGCCUGCGGUUUCUUUAUUUUUUCCUUUUUGUAGACUGCUCGAGUAUUGCACAGUCUCUCAUCGCACUCGUUUACAACCGAUAGCAAACAGG